AUGCCGCCGCCACAGUCCUCAGCAAGAAAAGACACUGAAUACAGCAUGACUGACAGACAACAUGAAGACAGGGAGUCAUCCAGGAACAUCAUAACCAUAUGUUCUCAAUUUGCAGAUGAUCAUUUAACUCUUGUACGGAAUCUAAGCACUGGGUUAGCUGUGGCUGGUGUGAUUAUCAUUGCCAGAAGUAUAAAAUUGGUGACCAAGUUUCAUGCAUCUUCUCAAAUUCCACGGCAUUUUGUGGAGAGGAACCUUACGCUUUAUGGAAAGGUUGAUUCUGUCACAGAGAAAGGCCUUAGAGUGGAGCAUGUCCCUGUGCAUUUGCCCAUCAUCUCUCCAUUACUUCACCUAAAGGAUAGUACUUGUAAAGGUUUAUUGUCAGUACAUUUUGCUGGAGUUGAGCUUACAGCAGAAGGCAGGCAAUGGCUUCAGGAAAACUUGCUUCCUGCUAAAAUGGUUUGGAUCAAAUUAAUCAGCCAAAAAGACGACAUACUGUAUUGCCUUGUGUCCCAAAACAAGGGGGUGCUAAGGACCUAUUGUAUAAAUGAGGAGCUCCUCCGCCAGGGUUUGGCUCGCACUGCUCCGAUCUCCGGGCUCCUUCCUGACUCCCGUCUUUACUGGCGGCUGCACAGGCGGCUGCACAGGGCGGAGGUCAAGGCAGAGAGAAAGAGCCGAGGCCUGUGGAUGGAGGACAGCCUCUGGGAACGAGCAAAGAAAGCCCUGAGGGACAACAGAAUCUUCAGUCUGAUCCAGAAAGUUUUUAGGAAGACGAACUAA